ACAGCAGUACGACAGAGAUGAAACAUUGUCAGGAAAGGCAUUUACCAGCCCAGCCUCAUACGAGACACGAACGUCUCGUCUGGGCUAGGAAAUUAAACACGAAUUUUCAAAGUAAAUACGUUAAUCAAGGAGAAAAUGGAACACAAGCAAACAAUUUUGCUCGCACCGGCGUUAAGCAACAGCAGCUGUUGGCGGAGGGACACGUCCGAAGGAGCUUGGACUGGACCAGGUCCAGGGGAGUUGUUACGCGCAACUCUGAUUCUUUUCGGCAUUCUUUGUGCCAACCUCUUGGUUAUAUGCGUCAUAAACAGCAGAAGAUACAGCAAAUAUAUUCACGCACAGCCAAAGUACUUACUGACGAGUUUGGCGAGCAACGACCUCGCUAUUGGUCUUCUGGUUACACCAUUCGGCUUCCUACCAGCUGUCUAUGGAUGUUGGCCUUACGGCGAAGUCGUCUGUCAAAUACAGGCACUUCUCAGAGGAGCUUUAACUCAACAAAGUGCCGUUAUCCUCGUCUGUAUGGCAAUUGAUCGUUACGUUUGUAUGCUGCAUCCACAUCAUUAUCACAAACACACAUCUAAGAAG